GGAAAACCGUCCAAAUAUAGUGUUACUCAUGUCCACUUGAUUGAACUUUCGACCAAAUUUAGUUUUUGUCCAUUGUGGACGCUCUUAAAAAUGGCAAAUUUCUUAAAAAGUGUACCUAGCAGCGUCCUUGCAUCUAGUUCCCAAACACUCCAUGGAAUAUAUUCGCGCCAACCCUUUUUAUUUCGCCUUUUACUUCCUAGGGUUUAUCUUUAUUUCUCCCUUUAGAUUCCUUUAACAGCGAGAAAAAAUUCGGGGAGAUUUCAUAAAUCCUAGGUCAAGCAAAUCCAUGGCGUUUGAAUCAUCUCCGGAAACUGAGAAGUUUCUAUGUGAACGAUUGUUAGAUCAAAACCAACCAAUUUCUGAGCGAUUUAGAGCUCUCUUCUCUCUUCGCAAUCUCCGUGGCCCUGGACCUCGUCAAGCACUUGUUCUAGCUACGAGAGAUUCUUCAAAUUUGCUUGCUCAUGAAGCAGCAUUUGCACUAGGCCAAAUUCAAGAUGCGGAAGCAGUUCCUGCUUUAAAGGAGGUUCUCGAGGAUUUUUCUCUGCAUCCCAUAGUUCGUCACGAGGUGGCAGAAGCACUUGGAGCAAUUGGGGUAGAUGCUAAUGUACCGCUUCUGGAAAAGAGCUUGAGGUCAGAUCCUGCUCCUGAAGUGCGAGAAACAUGUGAACUGGCUCUUAGCCGAAUUGAGGAACAGAAGCAUACUAAUCUGAAUGAUAAGACAUCUGCUGAACCAGCAUCACCUUUUCUGUCAGUUGAUCCUGCGGCGCCGGCUUCAUCUAGUUCAUCUGUAGAUCAACUAAGGGAAGUUCUUCUUGAUGAAGAGAAAAGCAUGUACGAGAGAUAUGCAGCUCUUUUUGCACUUCGGAACCAUGGAGGAGAAGGAGCCGUCACUGCUAUAAUUGAUUCUUUGGGUGCUGGGAGUGCUCUCCUGCGGCAUGAGGUAUUUGAAUUUUCUGACCUCAUGGCCGAUUGUUCUAUACGGUACUACAUGGUUGCAUAUGUAUUAGGUCAACUUCAAAACAAAGCCGCUUGUGAUGCUCUUGCUGAAAUACUUAAGGAUGUUAAUGAGCACCCGAUGGUCAGACAUGAAGCUGCUGAAGCACUUGGUUCCAUUGCAGAUAAUCGAAGUGUAGAGCUUCUGGAAAAAUUUGUGAAGGAUCCUGAACCUCUUGUUUCUCAAAGCUGUGAAGUUGCGCUCAACAUGCUGGAGUUUGAAAGAUCUGGAAAGUCCUUUGAGUAUCUCUUCAUGAAGGUACCUCAGGUGGACGCUGUGUGGUGUCAAACUAAAUUUAAGCUAUUGCUUUAUUAUCUUCAGAGACAAAACACAGUCUUUGGUAUAAAAAUCAUCCCCUAAUGAAUACCAAUAGAGAACACAAGGUAACUGAAUAGUCUCCAAUUGAAAUUCAAGGCUGAUCUGUUAUCAUCUUCAUCAUCACAGACACUUGAUGGCUCGAUUUCUGCCUAAAGUUUGUUUGCAGAAAUUGGUUGGCAGCUAUAUUGUUCGGAUCAUAACAUAUAUUGUAAAAUGUUCAAAACUUUCCAUCUUUUUCCAUUGCGGCAUAACACAAUAGGAAGAGUGAAAGUGAAAAACUGAAUCUGUCUUUUUGAAUUUCUUGGAAUAAGAAACCGAUAUUGGAUUCCUCGACCGGUAGCAAAAACACCACCUUUUUCCUUUACUUCUGGUACAUCUGUAUCAACAACUCCAUUAGGGAGGGCUACACUACACUAUUCACAAGCUAGCACCUUGGCUUAGAACCGGAACCAACGAAAGGAAGAGGGAAGUAAAAACUGAAAAAACUUGCCAAACAAGAUUUUACUGAGAUUUCUUAUUCUACUACUUCGACAACAGCUACUGCGUCCCUGGUUGUUGUUUUGCCUCGACAACAGCAGAAUCAGAUUCUACAACCAGAAUCCGCUACUGCAACCAGUAACGCACGCUAAUGCUGUCGUAAAAGAUGGUACUCGGAAGAAGCAAAACCAACACUCACACUGCUUGGAAUUGAGAAUGACAGUAGAGACUAGAGAGACCAAUACUUGCUUGUAACUUGUGAUCAGAUAAUGAAAAAUGAAAACUACUAACAAAGAACUGGACUCUACGCAAGAUAUAGCAAUAACACUACUUGAUUUCUCAAGGGAAUUCUUGAAUUU